AAGAGCAUCGUUGUUCUUAGUGGAUGGAGCCAGAGGAGCUAAACGUUAAAGCUUGAUUGCUGGGUCUGUGAGAAUUCAGCAUGGGAUAUCUCUGCUAUUUCCUGGGAUUUCUGCUUCUGGCUGCAAGAUUGCCACUCGAUGCUGCCAAACGAUUUCAUGAAGUGCUGAGCAAUGAAAGAACUUCUGGUUAUACGAGGGAGCACAACCAAUUAAGUGGUUGGUCUUCAGAUGAAAAUGAGUGGAAUGAAAAACUCUAUCCAGUGUGGAAAAGAGGAGACCCGAGGUGGAAACACUCCUGGAAAGGAGGCAAUGUGCAGGUGGCUCUGACCAGUGACUCCCCAGCACUCGUGGGCUCAAAUAUAACAUUUGCAGUGAAACUGGUGUUCCCCAGAUGCCAAAAGGAAGAUGCCAAUGGCGACAUAGUCUAUGAGAAGAACUGCAGAAACGAUAUAGGUUCCUCUCCUGACCCAUAUGUUUACAACUGGACAGAGUGGAUAGAGGAUGGUGACUUGGAAAACGGCACCAACCAAAACCAUUACAAUGUGUUCCCUGACGGAAGGCCUUUCCCUCACCACCAUGGACGGAGGAAAGGGAACUUCAUAUAUGUGUUUCACACACUUGGUCAGUAUUUCCAGAAACUGGGGCGGUGUUCAGAGAAUGUGUCGAUGAACACAGCUAAUGUGAAGCUUGGUCCUCAACUCAUGGAAGUGGCCGUCUAUGGAAGAAAUCGGAGGACACAUGUUCCCCUUGCAAAAGCGAAAGUUGUGUACCUGGUAACAGAUCAGAUUCCUGUAUCUGUGAAUAUAUCCCAGAAGAAUGAUCGAUAUUCUUCUGACGAGACCUUCCUUAGGGACCUCCCCGUUACAUUCAAUGUCCUCAUUCAUGAUCCCAGCCACUUCCUCAAUGAGUCUGCCAUUUACUACAAGUGGGACUUCGGGGACAAAACUGGUCUGAUUGUUUCCAACAAUCACAUUUUGAAUCACACGUAUGUGCUCAAUGGAAACUUCAGCUUUAACCUCACUGUGCAAACUGCAGUGCCUGGACCUUGUCCUUCACCUACACCCAGACCUCCAAAACCUACCCCUCCUUUAUUUCCUGCUGGUGCCAACCCGCUGGAGCUGAGGGAGAUACUCGGUGAAGACUGCAAGAUUACCAGAGACGGUUACUUUAAAGCCCCUAUCACAAUUGUAGAGGGAAUUCUAGAGGUUAACAUCAUUCGGAUGUCAGGCGUUCAGAUGCACACGCCACAGCCUGACGACUCCCUGAUGGAUUUUGUCGUGACCUGCCAAGGGACCAUUCCCACAGAGGUCUGUACCGUAAUUUCUGACCCCAGCUGCCAGAUCGCCCAGAACACUGCCUGCAGCCCUGUGGAUGUGGACGUGGGCGAUCCGUGCUUACUGACUGUGAGGCGAGCCUUCAACGGGUCUGGGACGUACUGCAUGAACCUCACUCUGGGGGAUGAUGUGAGCCUGGCCCUCACGAGCACCCUGGUCUCUGUCUCCGGCAGAGAUGCAGGCUCCCCUGUAAGAAUGGCAAAUGGUGCCCUGGUCUCUGUUGGUUGCUUGGCUAUAUUUGUCAUCGGGAUCGCCCUUUGGGGGUAUAAAAAACACAAGGAAUAUAAACCGAUAGGAAAGAGUACUGGUUUCAGAGGCCAAGGCCUGAAUGUUUUGCUCAACCAUGCGAAGGUCAAGUUCUUCCCUGGAAGCCGAGAAAAAGAUCCACUGCUCAAGAACCGACCCGGAAUUCUUUAAACCUUCAGCCUUAUUUCUCACCAACAGCUCUCUCUUCAGUGCCCUAUAUAUGAGCUGUGCUAUAGAGUAAAUGACUAUUAACUUUUUUCCUAAAGAUUAUUGUGAAAUAUAUAUUAUGGUUUUGGGGAGGUACAAUUUUUUUUUAAUAGGUUAAAUGGCAUUCUAAGGAAGUGGUGAGGAAUUAUACUUUACACCGCCUCCGCCAUAUUAUAUAACUGACAAAAUCGGUGAGCAGUGCUUUCUUUCAUUGUGAUUUAUGUUUCACUUAUGUGAUGUAAUGUCUUACGUCAUUAGUAGAAUAGACAUACUGUGUCCAAAGCAUAGGAGGAGAAGGUACUAUUAUUCAUUAGAGCCUGACCUAGGUUACCCAGCAGGAGAGGCUGGACAGUUUCCAUAUAACCACAUGCAUAAAACCAAUGCACUGCAUUUCCUGAUGUUAAGAUCACAUUCCAAGCUAACUGAAUCCUAUUUCAAUGUACAUGCCUGAGCUCCCAACAGAACAAUAACAGGCCAAACCUCUACUAGGAUGUGUAUGCUUGUAAUACAAAAAUCAUCAUCAUCAUUAUCACUGUUUAAUAAAUAGGUGUGAAUAUUUUCAUGACAGUCUGCCUUGCCCAGCUGUGUAAAGGAAUGGUAUUCAUUUAUUCAUUCAUCCCAUGAACAUUUAUUUAGAGCUUUCUGUAUAUCAGGCAUAUUGCUAAGCACAUGGCCCGGCAUUCUGAAUGCUGACACUCUUGUGUAUCUAUCUGAAUUCCUGUACUCUGGUGCAUGUAUUUGAAAUUAUACAGGGGUGCCAAAAAAUGUAUACAUAUUUUAAGAAAGGAAGAAAUUGUAUUAAAAUUGUAAUACUCAAUAUAUACCGAUAACAAAAGAUGAAUACAAGUCAUGUGGAUAUAUUUUGGGGGCACCUCCGGUAUACUGUAGUUUUCUAAAGGGGGCCCAUGGUUUUCCUACUAAUUUCUCUACUUAAAUGAUAAGAAACUUGAUCAGUAAGGGCUUUACCUCCAGUUAUAACUAAAACUACCGUAUGUUAAACAUUAUGUUUUUUUUCUCUCCUUUCGGGAAAAUAAAGUCUGAAGAGGAACAAGA